UGAGAACUACAAGUCCCGGCAUGCAACGCUCUGCUGUUCCCACAACCCUUUAUGCGCUGAGGGCUGGCUGGUGUCUUAGGACUAAGAGGCCGGUGUCCCAGAAACCCAAUCGGGCGCUUUUGGUCCCGGCAUGCAACAGGGGCUGACGUCCCACAACUCCUCCCAUCACGUGCUAAGGCCGGUCGUCCGUCGUAGAACUACGAGGCCCAGCGUGCAGCGCGCCGCUGUCCCAUGAAUCCCAGUCAGACGUUUGGAAUCCCGACGUGCCUCGCGGGAGUCGUGGACUGUGGUCCCAGCAUGCUGUGCGCGGUCUGGGGUUGGAGCUUGGUGGGCGCCGGGAUCCUCGCGUCGCCCCGGGGUGCGUGUUUUGGGGUCUUCUCGGGGUCUGGCCCUUCCCGCACUGUCGGAGCCGCCUCGCCGUCGUGCCCGCCUGGGGAGGCCAGGUGCACUGUGCGCAGGGACCAGGAGCCACUGUGGAGACAAGCCGAGCCGUCAGGGAGGAGUGGGAGUGGUCGUCGGCGGGGGCCUUCAAGGUCUUUCUUGAUAGGAUUUCUGAAGAGCUGCACUUUCUCUGGUGGGAUUUGAACAUAACCACCUGUCCCAACGGCAGAGCCCCCAAGUGCAUGAAGCAAAAGCUGACGUAAUUUAAGGAAGGCAGACAACUCAACAGUAGUACGUGCAUAAUUUUGCAGCACUUUGCUUUCUUCUGCUUCACAGAUACUGCGUUUUUUACCAAUUGAAGGUUUGUGGUAACCCUGUAUGGAGCAAGUCUGUCGGCACCAAUUUUUGCAGCAGCCUUUGCUCACUUCCUGAGUGUCACAUUGUGGUAAUUCAAGCAAACUUUUCCGUCCUUACUGGUUACGCUGAUCUGUGAUUGAUGGCCUUUGGUGUUGCUGUUGUAGUUUUGGGGCGCUGACAGCCGCACCCAGGUAAGGCAGGGAACUUAACUGAAAAAUGUUGUGUGCGUUCUGACUGCUCCACUGAUGUGCGUUCCGUGUCAGUAUCUCUUCUCGGGCCUCCCGAUCCCCUUAGACGCAACAAUAUUGAAAAUAGGCAAAUUAUUAACCCUACGAUGGCCUCUACGUGUUCAAGUGAAAGGAAGAGUCGCACGUCUCUCACUUUAAAUCAAAAGUUAGAAAUGAUUAAGCUUAGUGAGGAGGGCCUGUCGAAAGCUGAGAUAGGCCGAAAGCUAGGCCUCUUACGCCAAACAGUUAGCCAAGUCGUGAAUGCAAAGGACAAGUUCCUGAAGGAAGUUAGCAGCGCUACUCCAGUGAACACACGAAUGAUCAGGAAGCGAAACAGCCUCAUUGCUGAUAUGGAGAAGGUCUUAGUGGUCUGGAUAGAAGAUCAGACCAGCCACAGCAUCCCCUUAAGCCAAAGCCUAAUCCGGAGCAAAGCCCUAACACUCUUCAACUCUAUGAAGGCUGAGAGAGGUGCGGAAGCUGCAGAAGAGAAGUUUGAAGCUAGCAGGGGUUGGUUCAUGAGGUUUAAAGAAAGAAGCCAUCUCCAUAAUGUAAAAGUGCAAGGUGAAGCAGCAAGUGCUGGUGUAGAAGCGGCAGUAAGUUAUCCAGAGCUAGCUAAGAUAAUUAAGGAAGGCGGCUACACUACACAACAGAUUUUCAAUGUUGAUGAAACAGCCUUAUAUUGGAAGAAGAUGCCAUCUAGGACUUUCAUAGCUAGAGAGGAGAAGUCAAUGCUUGGCUUCAAAGCUUCAAAGGACAGGCUGACUCUCUUGUUAGGGGCUAAUGCAGCUGGUGACUUGAAGUUGAAGCCAAUGCUCAUUUAUCACUCCGAAAAUCCUAGAGCCCUUAAAAAUUAUGCUAAAUCUACUCUACCUGUGCUCUAUAAAUGGAACCACAAAGCCUGGAUGACAGCACACCUGUUUACAACAUGGUUUACCGAAUAUUUUAAGCCCACUGUUGAGACCUACUGUUCAGAAAAAAAGAUUCCUUUCAAAAUAUUACUGCUUAUUGACAAUGCACCUGGUCACCCAAGAGCUCUUAUGGAGAUGUACAGUGAGAUUAAUGUUGUUUUCAUGCCUUCUAACACAACGUCCAUUCUGCAGCCCAUGGAUCAAGGAGUAAUUUCAACUUUCAAGUCGUAUUAUUUAAGAAACACAUUUCGUAAGGCUAUAACUGCCAUAGAUAGUGAUUCUUCUGAUGGAUCUGGGCAAAGUAAAUUGAAAACCUUCUGGAAAGGAUUCACUAUUCUAGAUGCCAUUAAGAACAUUCGUGAUUCAUGGGAAGAGGUGCAAACAUCAACAUUAACAGGAGUUUGGAAGAAGUUGAUACCAACCCUCAUAGAUGACUUUGAGGGACUCAAGACUUCAGUGGAAGAAGUAACUGCAGAUGUGGUGGAAAUAGCAAGAGAACUAGAAUUAGAAGUGGAGCCUGAAGAUGUGACUGAAUUGCUGCAAUCUCAUGAUAAAACUUUAACAGAUGAGGAGUUGCUUCUUAUGGAUGAGCAAAGAAAGUGGUUUCUUGAGACAGAAUCUCCUGGUGAAGAUGCUAUGAAGAUUGUUGAAAUGACAACAAAGGACUUAGAAUAUUACAUAAACUUAGUUGAUAAAGCAGCGGCAGGAUUUGAGAGGAUUGACUCCAAUUUUGAACGAAGUUCUACUGUGGGCAAAAUGCUUUCAAACAGCAUUGCGUGCUACAGAGAAAUCGUUCAUGAAAGGAAGAGUCAAUUGAUGUGGCAAACUUCACUGCUGUCCUAUUUUAAGAAAUUGCCACAUCAACCCCAGCCUUCAGCAGCCCCUGACCUGAUCAGUCAGCAGCCAUCAACAUCCAGGCAAGACCCUGCACCAGCAAAAAGAUUACGACUCACUGAAGGCUCAGAGGAUGUUUAGCAUUUUUUUAACAAUAAAGUAUUUUUAAGUUAAGGUAUGUAUGCUUAUUUUUAGACAUAAUGCUAUUGCACACUUAAUGGACUACAGUAUAAUGUAAACAUAACUUUUAUUUGCAUUGGGAAACCAAAAAUUUGUGAGGCUUGCAAUAUUCACUUUACUGCAAUGGUCUGGAACCAAACCUGUGAUACUGUGAGGUAGACCUGUCAUGGUCUUUAGUUGGAUCUCUCUCUCCCUUUGUUCUUCUCUCCCCCCAUUUAAAAAUUAUGUAAAUUAUGUACAUACCAAAGACUAUGUAACCCUAAAAUGAACAUAUCCGCCAAUCUAAAAUCUAGAACAUGACCAGUAUUGUUACAACUACCUAUGCACUCCUUACCAUCCCAUCUUAUCCCCUUGAUUCCCCACCAGAGGUAUCUGCCGUCCUCGGCUUUAUGUUUGUCUUUCUCCUUUUGUACGGUGUUUUGCUGCAUUUGUAUAUAUGUAUGCACAAAGAUACUGUGUAGUCACUUUUUUUUGAGGUUUAUA